CGUGAUGAUGGCGUUUGACUCAACCCUCCCUCGAAUCUUUGCCUUUGUCCCAUGUUGGGUCGCAUGGCCACAUUUUUCAGGUCUUACGACCAGUGACAAUGAUCCGCUGCAAAAUAUCGCUCCAGGGUUGGCUCGUGGUCUUGCGGGAGGUCAUCUGCUCGUUAUCCGAAGUGGCAGACAAGUUCCACCGGAAAUCAUUGGCUUUUGCGACGAGACUUGCCGGCGGUGUCGUCAGCGGAACUCUUAAGAGCUCUCAUUCCUCACCGGAGGGGCAUCAUCACAUGCGGAGGAGGCUCGACAAGAACGUCCAAAAGAAUUGAGAAAAGAUUAAAUUCAUUGAAGGUCAUAAACAUGUAAUGCCGUCGACAUGCCUGCUUUAAA